CAAUAACUAAAGUAGUGUAGAUAUUGAUAAUUAACAAUUAUCAAUUAAUUAUGUUUAUUUUCGGCCAAUUAGUUCAAAUUGUUUUUUGUUACUAAAUAUUUUGCUAAUAAUAAAUUGUAAUGAUAGAAAUAAUACUAUUGCUACCCUGACCCCUACGACUACUCCUCCCACUGUUAUUAGUAGUACUACUGUUAGCAAUAUUAACUGGAGUUUCCCUAUAUUGGGUUCAGUAAGAUAUUUUCAAAAAUAUGGUUUAGGUUUUCCCGUAUCAUUGGCCAGCAAAUCGGAUGGCCAACAUUUUUGCGCCGGUUCUAUACUAAGCGCCUAUUGGAUAAUUACGGCAGCCAGUUGUGUUUAUAAGACUAUUUAGGACAUAUAUCUGACAUUAGAAAAGUAUCGGUCAACCAAACCGUUAUACACGACCAAUACUUGCCCGCAACUCACGAAAACAAUAUAGCACUGGUAGGUCUGGAGACAUAUAUUUUUCAAGACCCAGGUGUCCAAUGGAUUCAAUUAUCCGAUCAACCGGUUGCCAACUGGUCGGCAGUCUAUUUGCACGGUUGGGGAUCACUGUCGCCGACAAACAAAUCCCAUAACAUUAUGUUGUCAACACUGGACGCCCGAAACAUUGAUUUGCAAAAGUGUACGACUAAUAUGAUGUCGUCGACGGCCACGUCUAACAACAAUAACAGCACAAAUGCAACACCACUGACAACACCGUUGACACCGAUCAUCAAUAGUAACAAAAUGUGUUUUGUGGCCGCAAAAGGAAAGGGUGCCUGUUGGGGUGAUGAGGGUGGACCAGUGACUAUAGAUAGACAAUACCAAACAGGCAUUGAGUAUAAUAAUAGUGAUCAUCUAUUAGUCGGUAUAGUAUCGACCGAUUUGUCCUGCGGUCUCGGCGGCCGACCCGAUGUUGUUACCAGUAUUUACCCGUAUAUACAAUGGAUUAAACAGAAAACCAAUAUUAGUUCAGUUGUUGCUAAUGAUAAUAAUGAUAAUAAUACCAAUGCAUCUAAUAUUGACAAACGAUCGGUAUUAGGUUCGGGUAAUUAUUCUCGUCAUGGUUUAGGCUAUACGGUGUCGUUGAACAAUGAAUUUAAUCAGCAUUUUUGCGGCGGUAGUAUAAUCAGUCCGUAUUGGAUACUGACUGCGGCCAGUUGUGUACAUAAUCGUCCCGUUUCAAGCAUAUUUGUUGGCAUCGGUAAAGUAAAUUACAAAUACAAUGAUAGCCAUUACGCUGUCGAUCAAGUAGUCAUACACGACCAGUACUCGCCAGUGACUAAACAAAAUAAUAUAGCAUUGGUUCGGGUCCAACCAUAUUUGCGUGACAAUGCAAUGGUCCGGAUAAUCCAAUUGGCCGGCGGCGACGGCAACCAACUGGUUAGUGCCGACGGUAGCGAAUCGGAGGCUGAUUUAGCCGGUUAUGGUAACGAUACGGAAAGGAAUAUGAUAGGUGCCAAGAUUUUGUCGACACUACACGCCCGGACAGUCGGCUGGCAACAGUGCGCAACAGCUAUGAUGGCCAACAAUACCCAUACAACUACAACAACAAUCCUCAACAGUAAUAAUAUUUGUUUUAUGUCAGGAAAGGGAAAGGGAGCCUGUGAUGGUGAUGAGGGUGGACCAGUAACUAUAACAUUAGUUGAUAAACAACUACUACAACAAAAACAACAAUUACAACAACAAGAAGAGGAAGAUCUAAAGAAACUACAACAACAACAACCGGGAAACAGACGCUUAAGAUAUUUUUAUGACCGAAAAUCUGGUUAUAUUAAUGAAAAAUAUCGGCUAUUAAUCGGUAUCCUAUCCAGCGAUCUGUCCUGUGGUUCGGGUCGACCCGAAGUUGUUACCAGUGUUGCACCGUUUAGACAAUGGAUUAAAGAAAAAACUGGAAUAUAA